CUCGCCUGAUUCUCGGCCCAGGAGCUGGGCUGCGAGAAGGGCGGAGCGGGCAGGCAAGGCUAGGCUGUUGCCGCUUGGCGGGUUGCCUGUGUUCCUGGAACGGGACUGGUAAAAGCAGCGGUGGUGUAGGGGUCCUGCCUGCUUCCUCUUGGGGCUGGGCGCCAGCGGCUCCUAGGCGGGGCAGGCCGGGGGGGUCUCCUUGUGCUGCUGUCCCCAGGCACCACCCCUGCAGCUUCCCAUUGGCCACAGGGACAUUCGGGGCAGGGGCUGCUAUCCCCCCAUGGGCUGCAAGGACGUGCCGGCAGCCAGGUGGAAUGAGCGCACAAGAAGCCGCUCAGCCCCGCUGUUUUAAAAUGCCCGGGGGCAGCAGAUUUGCAGUGAAUCCUCCAAGAAAUGGCCACACAACUCAGACCAGCCAGUAAGAAAUGCACCGUGAUAGGUGGCUCAGGAUUCUUAGGCCAACACAUGGUGGAGAGGCUGCUGGAGAAAGGCUACACAGUCAAUGUGUUUGAUAUCCAAAAGGGGUUUGAGAAUGAUAAAGUGCAGUUUUUCCUGGGAGAUCUCUGCAGUAAAAAGGACCUGUUCCCAGCUCUACAAGGUGUGACAGUGGCUUUUCACUGUGCUUCACCAGCACCUUUCAGUGACAACAGGGAUCUGUUUUACAAGGUGAAUUUUAUGGGGACCAAAACUGUCAUUGAAGCCUGCAAAGAAGCUGGGGUUCAGAAACUGGUGUUAACCAGUAGUGCCAGUGUAGUCUUUGAGGGCACAGACAUCAAGAAUGGAACAGAAGACCUCCCUUAUGCAAAGAAGCCCAUCGACUACUACACAGAGACCAAGAUCCUGCAGGAGAAGGAAGUGUUAAAUGCUAAUGACCCAGAGGAUAAUUUCUUCACAACUGCCAUUCGCCCUCAUGGGAUAUUUGGUCCCAGGGACCUCCAGCUGGUUCCCAUCCUCAUUCAGGCAGCUAAGAGUGGCAAAAUGAAGUUCAUGAUUGGGGACGGGAAGAACUUAGUAGACUUUACUUUUGUGGAAAAUGUGGUCCAUGGGCACAUACUAGCUGCAGAGCAUCUUCAUAAAGACUCUCCCCUGUGUGGGAAGGCAUUUCACAUCACAAACGAUGAGCCAGUCCCUUUCUGGUCAUUCAUGUCCCGUAUCUUGACUGGCUUGAACUACGAUGCACCCAAAUACCAAAUACCCUAUUGGGUGGCAUAUUACUUAGCCCUCUUACUGUCUCUGGUGUUGCUGCUGCUGAGUCCACUCAUCACGAUCAAACCUACCUUCACCCCCAUGCGGGUAGCAUUAGCUGGGACAUUCCAUUACUACAGUUGCAAGAGGGCCAAAAGGGACAUGGGCUACAAGCCGGUGGUGAGCCUGGAUGAAGCAGUGGAGAGGACUAUCCAGAGCUAUUCCCACCUACGCCGGGCCAAGUAAGGAAACCCAGAGAAACCCCUCUAGCUAAUAAAUUUAACAAGGGCAUUGAAGAGAGCUGUAUUCUCUGGACAGAUGAACCUUUCCUCAAGCCUCUCCUAGGAAUAACAAGUUUCUCUGGAUUGAAGGACUUCAUCCUGUAGUUGUACUAACAGCCCGUACCUCUCUGUGACUGCUUUGUGUGACAGCCUGUUCUAAAAUAGUUAUUGGCUGCUACUCUGUUUGAAUAAACACCCUAAUGUUUCCUCGUAAAAUAGUGAGCUAGCACAUCCAGAUUCCAUCCCCUGCUGUCUCUGCCCAUAACUUCUAUUUUGCUGCUUUGGUGACUAUGCCAGCCUUUCCUAAUGGCUGUGGAUUGAGUAGCAGAAUAGGCACAGGAGGAAGUGGGCAAGCAAGCUGCUGGACCACCUCUGGUUGCGGAGGACCCCUUGGUACCGGCUUCCUCCUCGGUGUCGCCAGACGAGGCUAUAGUGGGGCCCUCUCCACUGGUUCCCCAGGAUGAUGCUAAGGCACAUCAGGAGCUGUUAGAGGGUCGCCGCCAACCUGGGCCUCUAGGCGGAGGAGUUAAAGGAGCCCGCAGACUCUCUCUGAUGUUCUCUGCCCCGUAGCUGCAGCCAGGGUAGCUUUGGCUCUACAUGAGGGGGUCACGAAAAUUACAAAUGCCCUCUGGCAAGCCCCCUCCUCCUUGCCUCUGAUCUCCAAGAUAGCGGAGCACAAGUACUUUAUGCCAUCCAAGGGUCACGAGUACCUUUAUACCCACCCUGCUCCCAAUUCCCUAGUGGUAGAGGCAGUCAGCCACAGAGAGAGACUGUGUCAACCGGGGGCUACCCCUAAGAAUAAAGACUCAGACUAGACCUAUUUGGGCAUAAAGUUUAUUCGUCCUCCGGUCUAUAGUUGUGGGUGGCCAACCAUCAGGCCCUACUAGGCCGCUAUGAUUUUAAUAUGUGGCAGGCCAUGACCAAGUUCAAGAGCUCCCUUCCUGAGGCUUCUAGGAAGGAGUUCCAGGCAGUCCUGGAUGAGGGCUUGACUACAGCCAGAGCAACUCUCCAGGCAGUGGUGGACUGGGCGGACACCGCUGCCCAUACCAUGGCAUCAGCCGUCAUGUUGGGCAGGGUUUCUUGGCUGCUCCUCUCUGGGCUUUCCUUGGGUGCUCAGCAGUCAAUGCAAGACCUCCCUUUUGACGGGCACACCCUGUUUGCAGAACAGAUGGACAAUAAACUCCAUGGCCUGAAAGAUUCCUGCAUGACCCUGAAAACACUGGGCUUGUACAUCCCCUGCCCUUCCUGCAAGUGGCUUAAUCCACAGCAGUCUCAAAGCCAGGGGAGCCACCCUCGCCAGGAGCCUCCCCACAAAAAAAUCCAGGGGCUACAAGAGAUGACCUGGCCACCAACCCCUGUUUACAUCCCAGUCGAGCUUGACCCGCAGUUAGCAGAUGGGCAAGCACCUGUUUUGAGGGUAUGCCCCAGGACGACCUACCGGACUGUUUUCUGGAUCCUUCCUCCCCUCUAUUUGCCAACUGCCUUUCUUCCUUCCUUCCUCCCUGCAUGGGUGUCUAUAACAUUGGACCGAUGGGUCCUCAAUACGGUGGUGCAGGGUUACACCCUUCAGAUAUUUUCUACCCGCCCUUCCCACCCCUCCUCCCAUUAUCUCUUCAGGGACCCUUCUCACAAGAGUCUUCUCUCACAGGAGGUAGAGGGUCGACUGCAGCUGGGUGCAGUGGACCUCGGCUGGGGGCACACCUCAGCAGCCUCCAGACCCAAGGUAUGUGGUCUCCAGAGGAGUCAACGCUACACAUAAAUGUCAAAGAGCUCAGGGUGGUGUGCAGAGCAUGCGUGGUCUUCCUACCUCACCGAUUGGGCAGAGUGGUCAGAGUCCUCAGCCUAAAUGUUCUACAUCAACAGUCAAGGCAGAGCACGAUCCUUGGCCCUCUGCCAAGAGGCACUCCGUCUCUGGGACUUCUGCAUCGACCACGGAAUCCAUCUAGAAGCGUGUCACCUGCCGGGUGCCAGGAACAUGGUAGCAGAUCACCUAAGCGGGGACUCUCACCACGAGUGGGGUGUUCCACCCAGAGGUAGCUGGCAUGAUCUUCCAGAAGUGGGGAACUUCACAAGUGGAUUUGUUCGCCACCAGGCAGAAUAGGAGGUGCUACAGGUUCUGCUCCAGAUGGGGUCUGGGCAAGGGUUUCCUCUUCGACGCCUUCCUCCUGCCGUGGGCAGGAAUCCUGAUGUAUACGUUCCCUCCCGAUUCCGCUCAUCAGCAAGGUCCUAGCAAAAAUCAAGAGGGACAAGGCACAGGUUAUCAUGAUCAACAUUGAUUUGGCAUGCUAUUGAACUUGGCAGCAGUCCCCCUGUGACCCCUGCUGGAUCGACCAGACCUCCUGUCACAGGACCAUGGUUGCCUCUUACACCCCAACCUUGCAUCUCUCCAGCGUGGAUGCUGUGUGGCUGAAUCCUGAAGAACGGACCUGUUUGGAAGUAGAAAACCCUUGACCAGACAGACCUACCUGGCAAAGUGGAUGAGUUUUUCCCACUGGGCGGCCGAAUGGGGCAUCUCUCCAUUGCAUUCUUUGGUGCAGUCAGUCUUAGACUACCUGCUUCAUUUGAGGAACCAGGACCUGGCACACUCCUCUAUCAAGGUGCAUUUGGCAGCCAUAUCCGCCUUUCAUCUCCCCGUCCAAAGGCAGACGGUUUUCUCCCAUGAUGUGAUGGUUAGGUUCCUCAGAGGUCUUGAGAGACUUUUUCCUCAAGUUCGGUCCCCAGUCCCUCUGUGGGAUGUCAACUUGGUUCUGUCCAGGCUCAUGGGCCCACCCUUUGGCCUCGUGCUCUCUGUCUCACCUAUCGUGGAAGAUAACUUUUCUGGAGGCAGUAAUGUCGGCACCUGGCCUUCCUUAGCAAGGUGGUGGUUGCUUUCCACAUGUGCCAGAACAUCUUCCUUCCGGUCUUCUGCCCUAAGCUCCAUGAGACUAGUGAAGAGAGGCGCCUCUACGCUUUGGACGUAAUAAGGGCCCUGGCUUUCUACCUAGCUCGGACAAAGCCUUUCCAUAGGUCAACUCCACUUUUCAUCUCUACAGCGGAUAAGAUGAAGGGCGUCUGGUGUCCACACAGAGGAUUUCUAACUGGAUUACUGCUUGCAUAAGGGCUUGUUAUGAGCUGGCAGGGGCCCCACCGCCGAUCGUCAGAGCUCACUCGCCUAGAGUGCAGGCAUCCUCGGCAGCCUUCCUGGCAGAUGUUCCGAUCCAGGACAUUUGUAAAGCCUGUGGUCCUCGGUACACACAUUCGCAGCCCACUAUGCCAUCACACAGCAGGCCAAGUACGAUGCUGGGUUCGGCAGAGCUGUGUUGCAAUCUACAUGUCCGUGAACUCCUUACCCACCUCCAUGGGUACGGCAUGGAGUCACCUAAGUUGAAUGGACAUGAGCAAUCACUCGAAGAAGAAAAGACAGUUAGUUACCUUUUUCCAUAACUGGUGUUCUUUGAGAUGUAUUACUCGUGUCCAUUCAAUGACACCCCAGCUACAUAAACGAGCUCGGGGUCAUGUCCCCUUCCUCCCUCACCUGUGAACUGCUGAUUAAGGGAACUUGUGUCUAACAUUUCUUUGCAGUAAUUGAUCUUCAAGGUAAAAAUGUCUGUAUAAUAUGCUUAAUGCUGAAAACAGUAAACAGCUGGGUAUAAUUAUAUUCUGUAUAUAGCUAUUAAUAUUCAUUAUAUGGGCAUUCAUGUUAUCAAAUAAGGGUUUUGGGGAUGUUGUAGUAAAUGGGUAGUUACAUAUUAACUUAGGUAAAAGAGCGUGAUGUGAUUAACUUACCACUUACUUGAUAAUUGGGUCAAGGGGAACAAGUACUGCAAUAAAGAAGCCUGUUUACUCAA